AUGCUUGCAGGUUGCGUUGUCGUUGCAUCCUGGAAAGGCUGUGGGGAGGCAUAUGCCAAAGGUGCAAGUGCUAUCGUUGCCGUCACACUGCGCAUCGGUUUUGCAACUCGUCAAGUUGCGUGGUACGCAAACACCGAUCCUACAAACGUCCGAGGUGGCACAUGCCGCGUCGCUGGUGCAUGGUGCAAGUAUGUCACCGGGGAGACAGACCCCCCCUAUACACGCUCGUCCAACGGUACACUGGAUGCUGCUGGUGCAGUUGGACAGUCCUUGAGGGAGACAGGUACCGGCCUGGCAGACCUGUCCUGCGCUGCAGUCUUGCGUGACGCUGCACGGUGGCAACACGGUAGGCAGGCAUAUUCCAAACGUGCACGUCUUGCCGCCGACGCACUGGCUCGAGGAGGAGCAGACGGUGACGUCGCCAGGCAUGCAGACGCCGAGACGACAUACCUGGCCAAUGCCGGUGCACGUCGCGUCGCUCGAGCAUGGCGGCAGCAGGCCGGGCAGACAAACGCCCUCGGUGCAACUCUGACCGUUGAUGCAGCCUGCGCUCGUGGUGCAGUUGACGAGCCCGUCGGGGAGACAAACGCCGGUGACGCAGCGGUCGGCUUGGAUACAGUCUCCGGCCGAUGUGCAAGGGGGUAUUGGUGGAAGCAGGCAGAUGCUUUCCGUGCAAACGAGCGGAGCGGUACAUCCUGCGGUGCCGUUACCGCAUGCCGUGAGGACAUUGGGCAAGCAACGGCCAAGCCUACAGACCUGAGCGCUGGAGCACUGGACAUCCGCUGUGCAGGCGUCGAGCGCAUCAGGCAAACAGGCUCCUGA